UUGAACCGAACAUAAAAUUAUUUGUGUAUAAUGCGUAACAUAUGGUACACAAUAUCACAACAGAAAAUUAUUUCUUUUAGAUAGCUAUCACUUGGUUUUGUUGAAUAUUGUGUUGUCUUAAGAUUGAGGUUCUUCUCCAUUUAUUAAGGAAGCUAGUCCCUUUUAAAACCUACAUGAAGCAACUACAGCUGAAGGUUUUAAUUUGUGCUAAUCUCUGAAAUUCCAGAGAACCAAUUCAAUUUGUAUCAUCAUAUAUGUUUAGAUUACUCCACAAUGAAACCAUGGUGAGCUUUGAUAUUGAGUCACUAUUUACAAACUUACCACUAAAUGACUGCCUAGAUAUAAUUGCAAAAAGACUUAGGGAACAGAACAUGUCACCAGAUUAUGUAGAUAUUGUAAAACACUGUCUCACGUCAGGAUACUUAAUGGGUUGUGGCCACCAUGGGUUCUCCAGUGUCACCUAUAGUCGCUGACAUCUUCGUGGAGGACUUUGAGGAGAGAGCUCUGGCCAAUGCCCCGGUUAAACCUCGACUGUACAAGAGAUAUGUCGAUGACAUGUUUGUAGUACUCCGCAAUGACAAAAUAUCUGCAUUUCUAGCACAUUUAAAUUCAAUACACAAUAACAUUAAAUUUACUGUUGAACAAGAAAACAACAACCGUCUGCCCUUUUUAGACAUUUUAAUUAUACGCAAAGCAGAUGGCACACUAGGUCACACAAUACACAGAAAGGCAACCCACACAGACAGGUACCUCAAUGGUGAAUACCACCACCACCCUUCACAACUGCUUUCUGUCGGUAAAUGUUUGUUUCAGAGAGCCCAGCGUCUUUGUGAUGAUGCCCACCUCGAGGAGGAACUACAGCAUGUCAAACAGGUGCUACACCGAAACAAGCUGCGCAUCCCCCGGCUGCAUCACAGAAACAAUAACAAGACACAGCCAGUUGGGAGAAUAUGGCACGUCAGUCGUCAGUGUACAUCGGGAACCACACAAGUAUACCGUCAUCCGUGACUCCAGGACUUCUUUAUAAAAACUUGGGCAAGUCAGGAUUGCUAGUGCCCAACAUCGGCCUCAGCCUGUGGACUAUGCUCAACGAAGAUGUCGCUGAAGACCUCGUCAUGACAGCUCUCGAGAGUGGAAUCAAUUUAAUUGAUUUAUCUAAAGCUCAUAACGCACAGGGUGAAGCAGAAUUGGGCAGAAUACUGAAGAAAAGAAACGUUAAACGAUCCAGUAUAAUUAUUACAACCAAAAUCUAUUGGAGUACUAAGUGUGAAGAAAGAGGUCAAUCUCGAAAACAUAUAAUAGAAAGCGUGAAGGAGUCAUUGGGGAGGCUCCAGCUAGAGUACAUAGACUUAGUUCUUGUACAUAAAGUGGAUCCCUUAUGUCCGAUGGAAGAAUUGGUCCGAACAAUGAACGGCCUCAUAAAUGAAGGUUUUGUGAUGUAUUGGGGCACAGCGCGCUGGACUCCAACCGAGAUAAUGGACGCGUACUCUAAGUGUCGAACUUUCAAUUGCUGGACGCCGGUCGUCGAGCAGACAGAGUACCAUAUGUUCUGUCGUGAAAAGACCGAACUGUAUAUGCCAGAUGUGUAUCGUAUGAUUGGAGUGGGAACUAUGGCGUGGUCUGCACUAAGUACUGAUAUGGGUCUGAACCGUGAGGGGGUAGCAGAGAUAUUUGCCAAAUCUCGCUUCAACCGCAAAUACAGCACAUUCAGCUGGUGGGAGGAGGAACUCGUUGCUAACAAUGAACUCGAAAACAAUGAAUCUGCAGUAGCCGAACAGUCACGAAGUUUCAAGGACAAACUGAAAGCUCUCUCCGACCUAGCCAAUGCCUUGAAUUGCUCGAUAAGGCAGUUGUCGCUGGCGUGGUGUCUUAAAAAUGAAAAUAUAAACUGCUUACUUCUAGGCGCUACAAGUGUCGAACAAUUCAAAGAAAAUAUACACGCACUGCAGAUCGUGCCUCAAUUGUCUCCGGAGGUGAUUUUGGACAUCGAAAAAAUUCUGGCAAACAAACCACAGCGACCCCCGAUGAUCGCCAGACUAGACGCUGCGUAAGUUAGUUCAUUAAGCACUGAAGUUUUAUUAUGAAUCUGUAGCAAGCAAGGUUAAGAAAGGCAUGUUCUGGUUCGCUGCACCGCUCCACGCCAGGGUAAUUGGCGAGCUCCCGAGACCGUAAAAUGUCUAGAUUCAAUCUGGGAUCACCUGCUGAUGUAUAAAGUAUGAAACAACAUGAGGGUCAGGAAUCUUUGUAAAAUUAGAUAUACAUUUUGUAAUUAUUUCACUCAAGGACAAAUACUGACAUCGUUUGCCACAAAUUAGUUAGAGAUAUCACUAUAUAGAAGUCAAUAUUAAUAUGACUAUAGUCUAUUUAACAUAUUCAUGUUUUAUCUUUUAUCGUUACAAAAGAGAAAAUAUUAUUUACUAGAAAAUAAGUGCCAAUUGAUUGUAAAUAUAAAUUUAAUAGUCAAGCUAAAUGAAAGAGAUAAUUGACAGAUUUAAUUUUAGUUCGCUUACCAUACCAUACGCUCUGUUGUUUGACUAAACUAAAUAAUUCAAUUAGCCAAAUGUAUAAUCAAAUAAUCAAAAUGUAUGUAUAUAAUAUAGUGUUAACCAAUUCAAA